UAUAUAUAUGACCUGUCGACGCCUGCUGCCUCAGUCGACGUGAUCGCGAAGAGCAGUAGACCAUUGCAGCAUCACAGAACAGCAAACACAGAAGAGAGCAGCCCGCACAGAUAUAGUAGGAGAGAAGUAUAUCUAUAUACAUAUAAUAAUGCGCGGGUGUUUAGCUAGGGCGAUGGCCCUUGCGGCAUUAGUGGCUUGGGUCGGUGCAGAGCUUAAUGACUACAGACCGGCCAUCUCUAUGUGUCAGCCGUCAUCGUCCGACCCUAGGAAGGAGGUGUUGUGUAACUUCAUCCUGGUGGCGCCACAGUACAUGAGCAUCGGACAGGCGGAGCAGAUAUGUAUGGACUUCAUCAAGGCCGACUUCCAGUUGCCUCCCGUCAACAUCAGCAUCCUAUUGAAGCGCACGAAUGACGUCACAGUACCAGAUGUCAUCGCAUCGACGCACCUGUACAAUCAGGAUGUGAAUGGCGCCAGUCUGUGCGCCGAUCUGUCCAUCCCUGACACGAGCGAGACUACUGCUUACCUGCUGUUCAGAGCAGACGAAAUGACGUACUUCCACGUGGCCGACCAGAAGCAAGUAUUCCUGAGGCGACCAUUCGUUAAACCGGUAACAUUCAUCGAACCAGACAAGCCUGUCUACAAACCGGGUCAAAAAGUGCAAUUCCGUAUUCUCAGCUUAUCAUCUGACUUGAAGCCCAUAAGUGAACCGAUAAGCAAGGUAUGGAUCAAGAACCCUUCUGGCACGCGAAUUGCACAGUGGCUUGACGUCGUAACAGAUGGAGGCAUGACCAGUCUAGAUUUGGAUCUAUCGAAAGAGCCGCCGCUAGGAACCUGGGAGAUCGUAGUCACCACCGAGGAUGGUGUGACGAAGAAGAAAUUCCAGGUGUUAGAAUAUGUUCUCCCAAAGUACGAUGUCACCGUUGCAUUCCCGUCAAAGAAGAUUCCGAGAACAGUGACGCGGGUGUCCGCCACCGUCUGUGCAAGGUAUACCUAUGGGAAAGCAGUAGAAGGCGAAGCGGUUCUGAGCGUUUGUCUACGCCCUGACGACAAACAACUUGGUUACAGCACCGGUGGCGUUGAACCGCCAUGCGUAGAUGCGCGUCCACUCGACUUGCAAGACGGAUGCCGGGAAUUUGACGUGGACAUAUCAGAGUUGCCCAUCGAGGACAGGGAGUAUUCCUCCGGACGCUGGUAUAAUGCACAGCUGACGUUCAGCGCCAACGUUACCGAGCUUGACACAGAUGUAACUCUGACUGGAGAGGAAAGCGCAUCGCUGGUCGUAGAUCGACUGAACCUGCAAAUUCGCGGUAGAGACUAUUUCAGAGGAUCGAUACCUUACGUUGCAGAGGUAGUGGCAACUCGAGCUGAUGGCAAACCAGCUGCAGGUAUCCGAAUUGAACUAAGCGGUAAUCAGCAUAAGCAUGUGUCGCUCACUGCUGCCAACGGAAUCGCCACCUUUACUGUCGAAAUCGGAAAAGAACUAGAAAGCAUUUAUCUUGCGGCAAGAACUCUCGAUAAAAUACAAGCAUUCCAAACAACCAAGAGGGUGCAAGGAUGGUUCUCCACGUCAGAGCAGUUCCUACAGAUUGAGGCGGCCACGGCUGUGAUGCGCUGCGGAGAGAUGGGGAGUGUCAGGAUCACAUACACGGUCAACAAACCCGGAACACGUCAGUUCUACUACAAGGUCGGCGCAAAUAACAAAAUCAUAGAUGUGGGAACGACAGAACAAACUCUUACUGCAUUGCAGUAUGCGUCAACGCAAGCAGCAGAUGACAGAAAAACAUCGAACUUGUUUGUAUUACUGAAAAACGCCCAGAUCGGUGAAUCCCGAGGCGUUGCAAGCUUCAAUCUGGAGUUCAACGUCACUCACGAGAUGGCGCCACAGAUUAAACUGCUCGUCUUCCACGUAGUCCAAGGCAGCGGCAACGAUGCCACGAAGGAGAUAAUUGCCGACAGCAGAGAAAUAGACGUAGAGAAAUGCCUCCGCAACAAGGUGUCGAUCAGCUUCGCAGAGCGAGAGCAGACUCCAGGUUCGGAAGCUACGCUGCAGAUACGAGCCAGCCCACGCUCCCUCUGUGCCGUCGGUGUCGUCGACAAGAGCGUUACACUGCUGGCAGACAGCAACCCUAUUACACCAGCUACGGUAUUCGCAAAACUGAAAGAGGGCAUUCAAUCUUACAAUACCUACUAUAGCUUCGAGGAAUACUGCACAAGUAAGCACGGAGAACCGGGACCGGUAAAACGCCCUAGCUCACGGCCAUCGACCGAACUAACUACCGAAGAUUACUAUGGUCGCAGAAUCAGAUACACAUGGAAGCACACCGAUUAUGUUGACUCAAGGCAGGCGUUCCUGGAUCUGGGAUUAAUGGUAAUGUCGGAUAUGAACGUUGAUGCGAGACCGUGCAAUUCCGAGCAGCAGACAUAUUACGAAUACAAUUUCUUUGAUAACCGCCGUGGUGUAGAAGACUUUACUACCUCCGCGGCGGCGACAUUUACUCUUUCUACUUCGGAUCCACCUGCAACUACGUCAGCUAUUACUGGCGCAGAUGACGACUCGGAUGACAAUGAUGUCGAGCCCCAAGAAACGCCAUCUACGCCCGAUAUAAGAACCUUUUUCCCAGAGACGUGGCUAUGGACGCUUGAAAAAGUCAAUGACAGCGGCGAGCUGCUAGUUCGUACCGAGGUGCCGGACACGAUCACGGACUGGGUGGGAGGCGGCUUCUGCACGAGUGAGGAGACGGGACUCGGCAUCUCCCCGCCGCUCUCUCUGCGCGCCUUCCAACCGUUCUUCGUCUCUUACACACUGCCUUACUCCGUCAUCCGCGGGGAGAAGGUGCCGCUCAUCGUGUCCGUCUUUAACUACCUCUCCGAAUGUCUGGCGAUUUCGCUCACUCUCGAUGAAUCGGUCGCGUUUGACAUCAUUGACGGAAGCGAGGCUGAGAUAUGUGUAUGUGGAAGCAGAUCAUCCACUCACAGGUUCAUGAUUCAACCCCGAGAGCUAGGCGACGUCAACAUCACUGUACACGCCAUGACUGCUGACUCAGGCAGCGCCAUCUGUCGAGCCGGUGCCGUCAUGAGCACAGUCACAGGAGUCCGCGAUGCGAUCACGCAGCCACUGCUGGUGGAGGCGGAGGGCGUAGAGAAGUCCUACUCCAUUAACUGGUUCGUCUGCCCGGACGACGGGGAACCUUUCUCUGACGUCAUGGACCUAAUGCUACCCUCCGAGAACCUAGUACCCGAUUCGGGUCGUGCACGGGUGUCCAUCAUCGGUGACGUUAUGGGAGCUCCCUUAGAUAAUCUUGACGGACUGCUGAAGAUGCCGUACGGAUGCGGGGAGCAGAACAUGAUAACGUUCGCUCCUGACAUCUACAUCAUGGAAUACCUCACAACCACCGAUCAGCUGACGCCGGAAAUCCAGGGGAAAGCUGUGGGAUUCAUGAAGUCCGGCUACCAGAGGGAGCUGACGUUUAAGCACACUGACGCCGCCUAUAGCGCGUUCGGUAACCGCGACAAGGAAGGCAGCAUGUGGUUGACAGCGUUCGUCGUGCGCUGCUUUGCGCAGGCGCAGCCAUUCAUCUACAUUGAUGGGAAUGAGAUCGACAUGAGUGUGCGUUGGAUCAUCAAGCAGCAGCGUAGAGAUGGCUGCUUCCCUCGGCUCGGCACGUUGCACCACAAGGACAUGAACGGAGGCGUUGGUAAUUCAAAGACCAACGCAACGCUAACAGCCUACGUUGUGACGUCGUUGAUCGAGUCCAAGGUUGCUGAUACAGAGCGAGCCAUCUCAGAUGCCUUCUCCUGCAUUGAAGGCGAAACCUUCGACGACGCCUACACCACGGCCCUGGUGGCCUACGCGUACGCCCGCUACGGUGAUAUGAACAAAGCUCAGGAAUACUUGGAUAGGUUAAUGAAGCUGGCUGUACGAAACGAGACGGCACAAACUGUAAACUGGGAGAAAGCCGAAGCAGAAACAGUCGACGUUACGUUGCCAUGGAACCGUCAGGCUGAGAAAAAGUCGAUAAACACUGAGAUGACAGCAUAUGCUCUGCUGACGCUGACGCUGAUUGAAAGCGAUGAUUCGACGCUGCCUCUCUCUAUCGUCAGGUGGUUGACGCAGCAGCAAAACUCACGCGGUGGUUUCUCAUCAACACAGGACACCGUAAUCGCUCUGCAGGCUCUCUCCCAGUUCGCUAUGAAGUUUUUCGGUUCGCAAAGUAGCAGCGACAUUACGGUCAGCGGUGACGACGUUGACGCUGCUCUGAGCGUGUCUGGCACCAACAGCCUUGUCCAGCAGCUGGUCGACGUGCCCUCGGUGCCCAGCGUGCUAGACGUCACAGUGACGGGGACACGAUGUGUCAUUAUUAAGGGUAAUGUCUUCUACAACUUGUACGAAGAACAGAGAAGAGUCCCCGUGUUCUCCGCAACAGCCAACGUCACGACGACCAACUGUAAGACGUGGCAGAUGACAGCCUGCGGAACGUACGCUGAUAAGGAGGAAUCAUCAAACAUGGCAAUCAUUAGUGUAAAUAUGGUCACCGGGUUUUCGCCUGUGAAAUCUUCGCUAAAUAAGAUUUUUGAGAAGCCCAUUAAGAAUUCACAAUUGAAACGUUUCGACAUUGAAGGCAAGACUGUAGAUAUCUAUGUAAAUAAGUUUGAGCCAGGCGAGCAGGUUUGCGUGACCUUUGACCUGGAGAAAUAUCUAGACGUGGAAAAUGUGAAGCCGGCUGUUGUGAAGGUGUACGACUACUAUGAGCCAGAAGAGGUAGCUUCCACUUCAUACAGUAUCGACGAAUGCAAGUAAGCAACUUCGCAAGUAAUAUAGCAACCACCGAAAGAGAAUGGCGGCAAACAUAUAUCUACACGAAUGAUUGCGCGACAUCAAAUUUAAUUUGGUAUUGCAUAUAAUCAUUUGCCGCACGUCAUUAAAAGUACUAACCACAACUAUACUGCUCACGAUUAACAAAUUCUACAUCUUGUAAAAUACGGAUUAUAACCCUAACAAAAACGCAAACGCGUGUACACACACGUAAGCACCCAUGUACGCGUGUAGACGGAUACAUCGCUAUUUCUAUAGGGUAGCCUUUAUAUUUUUAUUGUAAGACACAGCACGCAUAUAACAUAUGAUUUUAUAGAAAUAUUCGGUUUACCUUUGUAUCGUAAAAUUGUUCAAUGUAGUAAAUAAAACGAUAUUUUUUAA